GUUAAGUUCGGUGUAUCCAGAUUGUUUUGGGAGAUGAGUUGAGUUGAAUGCUCUGCUAGCUAGCACUUAGCCUCCAAUCUCAAAGUUUCUGCUGAGACGGACAGUCUCCAAAAUGCCGACGCUAGAGGAAGAGCACGGAAGGGAUUUAAGGACCAGAUGUUAAAUGUGUUGACUGGUACCUUAUCAUACAGGCAGCUGUUAGUUCAGGAUGCCAGAGAUGACUGAAACUCAGACACCUGGUCGUAAGCCCAAAAAGAAGAAAAACAAAGAGUCUCACAAUGCAGUUGAGAGACACAGAAAAGAGAAGAUUAAUGCUGGGAUUAACCGCAUUGGUAAUCUUCUGCCCUGUUCCCAGGCACUUAAACAGAGUAAGAACAUGAUCCUGGACCAGGCUUUUCGCUACAUUACUGAACUGAAGAAACAAAAUGAUACAAUGCUUCUGGAAGGAGGCGAUAAAGUCCAAGCUGAGGAGAUCCGUCGGCUGCGGCGUCAGUUGGAGGAGCUGAGGAGGGAGAGCGCUCACUACAUCGAGCUCCUCAAAGCUCAUGAUAUUAACCUUUUAGAAGACCCCACUGUUCACUGGAAGGGCAAACAGCGCUGCGCCAAGGUUGCGAAGGUGACCCCCACUCACCAACUCCCAAAGGGGAUCAUCGUCUAUUCCAACGGCAAUGUGAUGUGCCCAGCAGGGAAGGAGUCGAGCCCCGCGAAACAGUCGUCUGAAACAUUAAUUCUUCAGCCUCCUCCUGAGGUCAGUGCCAGGCUGAGGGUCAAUGGAGCCCUGCUGCAAGUUAGUACCUCUUCUUCCACCCCUGCACUUCUGCCCGGGUCGACCGCCACACCCAGCCAGUCUACGCCGGGCCUGAGAAUGAUAGAGCAGUGUGUGGUUGAGACACCGGCGGCCCCCAGUCUGCCACCGUCUGUGUCUUACAUCACCCUGCAGAUCCCUGCGGCCACCACAGCCCUGCCCCAACAACCGCUGCCUGCUGCUCCAGCCACUUCAUCCUCACACCUCCCCAGUGAAAGCCUUGUUCAGCCCGUGUCCAAUUUCACCGCGCUUACCGAAGCUAUAACCACAUCCAGAGCGGCGGACUCAGAGGUCUGCUCUUGGGUCACACAGGACACUGCCAUGAGGACUGUGAGUUACACUGCUAUCCCCAACAGCCAAGCUCUUUUGAGGGCUGGUGCGGCAGGCAGCACACAGACGACGUGGACAACGCUGCAGAUGGCGGGGAACACAGUGCAGCCAGUCUGCCAGAGUCUUCCCACCCCUGAGGUCAUCAACACCACCCAGGCUGUCCAGCAGGUGACUGUGUGUCCAGUGGGCAACAAACCUUCUGUCCAGCCCAUUCAAAUACAGAUGCAACCACAUGUGCCUGUACAGCAAGCGCCCAUUACAGCCCACAUUCAAGCACAGCCGUUUCAGAGACCGCCCCAGCUACGGUCAGCAAUCCUGAACCAGACACAGCCUCAGCCUGUCCUAGCCCCCCAACCUCAGUGUGCUGUUCUCCCCCAGUCAGCAAUAGUACCCCAGCCAGCUGUGGUGGCCCACCCUGCCGUCGUGUCGCAGCCCCAGUCUGCUGUACUUCAACCAGCGUCAUUGGUUCCGCAUCCUUCGACAGCCCUCAUCUCUCAGCCUCAGCCCGCCUUGGUGCCCCAGCCACAGGCCACCGUGUUGCCCAUUCUUCAGACCAUGCAAGUGUUGCAAGUAAACCCAACCGGAGGGACAGCCUCAGGUGUAACAGCACCACAGAACGCUAACAACCCAAGUGUGGUCAUCCUGCAGCAGGCCAGUACUUGCCCAACCCAAUCAGUUGUAAGGGAGGAAAUAACCAAUCAGACACCCUGUCAGCAUAUUGUCAUCAUCCAGGCACCCAAUCAGACUGCACCUGCCCCUCAGAAUCCUCAGGUUGGCAUGGUGUCUGCGGCUGUGCCGGCUGCAGUGCCUGUUGUGUCCACUCAAAUACCCACAACCAGCAAUUCAACAUCUGCCACCUCCUUACAGAGUGUUGGGGGAAAGCAGCUGGUGCACAUUCUCCCCCGCCCCGUUCAGCCUCAAAUGAACCAUCCCCUUCAGGUCACCCAGGCCUCCUCUUCCCCACCGGCUCCUCCAACACCACAGACUAUCACUGUGAACGGCCAGGUGUUUGCCUUGCAGCCCAUGAAGACCUCUGACAAACCCAGCUCCCAGAGUGGCCAGAGUACACUCCAGCUGGUCCAGCCCACCACCACUGAGGAACCAACUACUAAUGUGGCCCUCAACAGUUUGGGGGCACUCAGCAGUCUUAAUCAGAGCAUCUCUCAGGGCCUUCCACUUACCAUUUCUAGCCAGAACAGUUGUCAGCCUUCAGCUACUCCAUCAUCAGUAGUGCAGCCUCCUGCUCCAGCAUCCGUCCCUGUUACCACACUUGCUCUACCUGCUCGGCAGCUACAGGUCCCUUGUUUGAAUCCAGUCAAAUCCGGGCUGGUGGUUAAUGCCUCCAAACCUUCAGGAAAGAGGCUUCGCACGAAUACAAAGAGGGCAACGGUUAAAAGGACUAAACCAGCCAAGAAAAAAGAGCUUAGUCAGGCACAGCCUGCUGUUGCUGUCUCAGCCAAGCCGGUGGCUGCUGCAGCAGAAAGUCAAACAGUUCAAGUUACGGUAUCUCAAGUUUUACAGCCCUCGACUGUAAAAGUCACAGACAUUCCCCCCAGUUGUACCACACCUGUCACAACUACAGAUAGUAGUAAAGCUAUAGCAAACGUUAACUCUACACAAAACACUCAGAUAAUGAUUGUGUGUAGUUCAUCUAAUGAGUCAACUGUAUUUAGUCAAUCCCAUCAACAGAGCAAAAGCUCCGUCAGUGCAUCUCAGACUGAUGUUAUACUCAGUCAUACUAAUACUAGUGGUGUGGCAACUGCAGUUACGACAUCAUCUGUCAAGCCAUCAGUAACUGCGGCUGUGGCCAUUGAGAGUAAACCAGCUGUAGUCUCUGGCAACAACUCAACUGUAACCAAACACUCAGUUCCAGAGGUUAAACAGGCAAACACCAAUUCAGCAACUGGCAUAACGCAAAGUAAGUCUGCUGCCACCACUGCUGUUUCUAGACAGACCAGAUCUGUGGUCAGUUCUGCAGGUGCCAGUGAGACUCGUUACACUUCCACCACCGUUUCCACUGCAUGUCUCACUCCAGUCUGCACCAGCAGUGUCACAGCAGUUACACCAGUAUCUCUAAAUCAGACUACCCAGUCAACUUUAGUAUGUCGUCCUCAGGGAUCUAAUACCCAAGGUUCUCUGCCCUGUAAUAAACCUGAAUCUCAGCCGACCACUUCUCACUUGGUGUCCACAACAGUUGCACUUUCAUCCCCUGCUGCAACAUUUUCUAUAGUCCACAGCUCUGUUACAGCCCCUACAACAAGUUCAGAGUUUAGGAAAAGGGUGACUACCAGUAGAGCUCCAACACAGCAGAGUGACGUGAAUAUGCCCAACAUCUCCCCCUGCCAUCCCAUUGAAGUAAAACCACCCCAACCCCCUAGAAGAGAAAGGGAGGCUCAGGUAGAGAGACACUCCACAGCAGCAGAGAAGGAGAGCUUGGUGGCAGCAACGUCUGACGCUGCCUCUAGGAAGGAUUUUGCCAUAUCUCAACAGGUGUACACUAACCUUGACGAUCAAACUAUAGAGCACCCUAUGACAUCAAGCAGACAGACAGAUUCUCCAAUGUCUACAGGUGCUGGGGGAGGCAGAGGGUUCUCUGUGGCAUCCAUGCUUCCGCAGGGCCACAGUAUUAGUGCAUCCUCCGGCUCCUUUGGAACCUUUACAUUCACUUCUGAGCAGGCAGAAAUGCUGGCUUUGGCCAUGCUAGAGCAAGACAGUCCAGGAAGACGGAGUGGAGGCUGUUCUGGGGACAACACUGCUUCCACAAACCCCACCACUGUCACAUGGGAGACCCCAAAAACACCACCAGUGUCUAGCAGUAAAGAAAGGGGCUCAACUGGACAGCAGACAAAAGUGACUAAACCCAUGGACACAGUAACGGUCAAACCUUCUGUCCAGGUAUCUGUCAGAGGACAGGCUGGGGACGGGUCUGUCAGUGGGCCCAAUGGAAGCAGACAUCCACAAAAUAUCUCAUACUCCCAGUCUCAGUCUCUCCCCCAGGUCCAGUCUCAGAGCUCAUCCCAGAGCGGCACUGUGGCUAGCCUCAGUGUGAACAACCUGAUCAGGCCCAGCUCGAGCCAGCAACCGUACCCUGGCUCUCCCAACCUGGCUGGCCAACAGGGCUCGGUUCCCUCACCCGUGGGGCCCUCAGCACACAUAUCCCAGCCCUCGAACAAUGCUCUCUCACCCUGCUCGGGUGCAGCCCAGCUGAAUGAGUACACCCCUUUGAAGACUGCGUUAAUGAGGGCUCAGGCUGGAGUUGGUGUGGGUGAGCGACAAGUGAAGAUCAUUUCCAAGCGGCAGGCCCAGGAGGAGGUGAUGCUAAACACUGGGAAACGUCCCAAGCCUUGCCCUCCAUCAGCUACUACUGUUAGCCAUAUGGAUGUGAAAGCACCAGACCACAGCCAGAUGAUGGUGGGACAGCUGCCUCCCACGUCCUCAGCUGUCAUGACGAGGAUUAAUUCAGACACCGGAGGCCCCCUCUUCUCCACAAACUCUUUCAUGAGCCCGGUAGUUCGGCCCACGGAUGGCCACUGCCCUCCUCAAGGACCCCCUGAGCAGAACCAGCCAGGUGUGCUACAUCUGCCCCAGGGUCAUCCACAACAUGCUGCAACCCAGCUUGGCCAGCACCUGGGGGGAAACCUGUACAUGAAACAGCAGCAGCAAGAGCAACAGAGACACCAUCUGUAUCAUCUGCAACACCACCUGACACAGCCUGACCCUGCACAGCGCCACUCACUACACCAGAGGGCGCUUCAGCAACAGCAAGAGCAGCAGCAGCAGCAGCAGCAGCAGCAUGUGCAGAAGAAGCGGGGACUGGUCAGAGGCACUCAAACUGGUUCACCUGCUGGCCUGCAACAGAAGCAGCAUCACCUGGAAAAGUCUGGAGUUCAACAGCAGCACUCGCAUCAACAACAACAGACACAGCAUCAACAGCACACGCAGCAGCAGCAGCAGCAGCAGCAGCAGCAGUCGCAGCAGCAGCAUCAACAACAGUCACACCAACAAUCGCAGCAGCAUCAACAGCCAACGCAACACCAACAGUCUCAUCACCAACAGCAGGCACAUCAACAGCAGCCACAGACGCAGCACCAACAGCACCAACAGCAGCAGCAGCAGCAGCAGCAGCAGCAGCAGUUGCAGCAGCAGAGCUCCCACCCCAGACACCAGCAGCACCUACAGCAGCAGAUCCAGCAGCAGCAACAGCAGCAGCACUUUAGGCACCAGGAGAAGAGCUGUGAGGCCCAGGCAGCAGGAUCCAGGGCCCACCACAGCAGCCACCUGGCCCAGCAGGAGCACCUCAAGCCUGGUCAGGAUCAUAACGCUAUGCAGAGGAUGAUGAGCUCUAGGACUCUGGAGCAGCAGCUCAUCUCUCCUCCCAGCAAUCCUGCGUCUCGGUCAUCUGACCUGGCCUGCGCUCCGUCGCGUCAGGAACGCCACCGUGUUUCCAAUUACUCUGCGGAGGCGCUCAUCGGUAAAAGUUCCACCAGUGGUGAACAGCAACAGCGCAUGGGUCUUCACCUUCAGCCUGGCCGCGGCGGCACACAGGAGCAGCCGGACCUCCGCGGUUACCUGGACACAUCGCGAGGGAAGGCCAACAUUGCACACAACCCACAGAAUCGCCUGCCCUCCGACCACCCGGGGUCUGCUGACGUUCAGCGGGUCUCUGAGUGUCCGCCAUUCAAGACCAUGGGAGGAGGAGGAGCACAUCAACUCAGUGGUUUUGAGGCUCAGGUGUCUCGUGGAAGUGACAUGGCCCCUAAGUCGGUGCCACCUUCCCAGAGGGGCCCUCAGGGGCAGCAGCAGGGAGGGUUCAGGAUGGGUGUUGGCCCUCCAGCAGAUGGCAGGAACCGUGGCGGCUACAGCACAGCUCAUCCUGGCUCACAGGGAGUACAGGUUGGACCAGCACUGCCCCGGGAGCAGGACAGUUGUCACCAGAGUUUCAUGCAAAGCCUCCUUUCCCCCCACCUGCCUGAGCAGAGCAACCACCAGCGAGUGCAGUGCUGUCCUCCAGUCAGCAUGGAGUACAGCUGUGUGCCUGGAAGCUCUUCAGGAGACAUACAGGUCAAGUCCUCCAGCCCCAGUGUGCCCCAGACACAGAAGGCCCCAGCUAUGAGGCUUGGAGAGGGCAACAAGGGCCACAUUUCUCAGGUCAGCAGUAAUAUGCACGGAGGCCCAGGUGUGCGCGCAGGUCUCCCCCACCCUCCAACUCCACACAGCAGCUCGGAGCCAGGCCGCUCCUCAGCGCCCUCCAGACCACCCACUGCUGUUAGCCAGCACUCUCGCCACAUCCCCCGAGAUACUCAGCCCACCAAGCUGAGACCUGGUGACCGGGCUCGAUCAGGUACUCUGAGACACGGUAACCCCUUUGAACCUGAGGGACAUCUGCCUCUGCCUUCAGGAGGAGGGGUGCUGCUGGGCAGACCGCAGUCCGGAGGAGAGGCACGGCGCAGCGCUAUCGUUCGCUUUAUGACAGACGGCGCGCAGGUUCCUAGUGACAACAACCUGGUUUCUGACCAACACCUAACACAAAACUUUGGUUUCCCCUUUAUUCCUGAAGGAGGGAUGAAUCCUCCACCUCCCAUCAAUGCGAACUCCACUUUCAUCCCUCCGGUCAGCCAGCCCAACGCCUCCCGUACGCCGUCCCUUCUGCCUGUGGAGCCCCAGAACACUUUACCUUCCUUCUAUCCUUCGUAUUCUCCAGCUGCUCACCCCAGCCUUCCCAGCGAUGUCACCCUCCAAUACUUUCCCAACCAAAUGUUUACCAGCCCGAGUGCCGACAAGGGCAGCGCUCCUCCCCUCAAUAACCGCUUUGGCUCUAUCCUUUCCCCCCCUCGCCCUGUUGGUUUUGGCCAGGCCAGCUUCCCCUUGCUUUCAGAUAUGCCCCCUAUGCCCAUUGCCAACUCGUCUGGGAUUACACCUCACAUAUCAAACUUCAGCCUCACCUCGCUGUUCCCUGAGAUCGCCACAGGCAUGCCCACUGAUGGUUCGGCCAUGCCAAUGUCUCCCCUGCUGUCUCUCUCCAACACCUCGUCAGCCGACCCUGGCAAGCAGCCCAAUCGUCCUGCCCACAACAUCAGCCACAUUCUGGGCCACGACGGCAGCUCAGCCGUGUGAGGAGAGUUCCUGCUGCGUUUUGAUUGAACUGGUGUCCCCGAACUGAAGAGUUUAAUUUUCAAUUUGAGAUGUGUUCUUUAAAAUGUUCAAGAAGAAGUGGUGAAGCAUCUGAUGAACGGUUUCUAUGUUGAAAUGACACCACGUAUGUCUUUUGUUGUUUACAUGUUCAGUUUCAAUCUUAAAUUAGUUUCCUUUGGCAUAUAUAUGAUGUCAAAGUUAUAAUUUGUAAAUCUUUUUAUUUGACAGUGACAGGAAAAUGUGGUCUUUUAAAGCUCUUUGUUUGAAAUGUUGGUUAAACCGACGGUUCGGUAAAACAAAAUCAAUGUAGGUUUAGAACUUGAAUAUAGUGUAUUCUGGGGUCAUCAAGAAACCUUCUGCACAGUUACCUACCAAUGUAAUUUACUAACUUAUAUCAGGUUGUACUGUACAGAAUCAGUUUUUUUCCAAGAGCUAUUUUGUAAAUACCAAUGUUUCAUAUCAGAACUGUUAGAUUAUGUAUGUAUUUGUAAAUACAAAAUUGAUUAAUAAAGUUUAUAAGGAGACAUUUGUAUUUGCUGCCAACUGAA